AUGGCUACGUUUGCACGCUCAACCUUUUCGGCCGCGGGCUAUGCGGCCUUCCGGCCGUCCUAUCCUGCAUCGCUUUUCAGAACGGUACUGGCGUACCACAACACCCCGUCGCCCAGCGGCACGGCGUUGGACCUGGGCUGCGGCCACGGCCUUAUCUCGCGGGAGCUCAGCCCGCGCUUUGGUCGCGUCAUCGCCAUCGACCCCAGCGCGGGCAUGGUGAAGCAGGCAGCCGACUUGACCUCGGACCCGAAAAUCACGUUUCGCCAGGCCAGCUCCGAGAAUCUGUCGUUUGUGGCCGACGCCUCCAUAGAUCUCGUGGUCGCGGGCCAGGCGGCGCACUGGUUCAAUUACGACAAAGUGUGGCCGGAGCUGGCGCGGGUAGUCAAGAGCGGCGGGACGCUGGCGUUCUGGGGGUACAAGGACAACAUCCUCGUGGGGUUCCCGGCGGUCAAUGACAUUUAUAUGCACUUUUGCUACGGGGAGGGGGAGUCGUCGCCCGGCAGCGGGGUGGAGACGAUGGGGCCGUACUGGGAGAAGCCCGGGCGGCAGAUCCUGCAGGAUAACCUGGCGGCGGUGGUGCCGCCGGCGUUGGAGUGGGAGCGGGUGAGGCGCAUCGUGUAUGACCCGGACAGGAAGACGUCGCGGGCGGAGGCGCAGGUCGAUGUGGAGAGUAACCCGGAGGACCCGAGGGCGGCAUGGCAGCUGCGCAAGACGAUGAAGCUGGGCGACUUUGAGGGUUACGUGCAUACUUUCAGCGCGUAUCGCGGGUGGAGAGACGCGCACCCGGAGGUGAAGAGCCGGGCGGAGGGCGGGGCGGAGGGGGACAUUGCGGACCUGUUGUUUGAUAGGUUGCUUGAAGCGGUACCGGAGUGGAAGGCCGCGGGCGACAAGUGGCGGGAUAUCGAGGUUGAGGCCGUGUGGGGGACGAGUCUUAUCCUGGCCAAGAGGAAGUGA